CCCUGUGCCUGGACCGCUCGCUUUCUGCAGACCCCAGCUCCAGCCUCACCCUCGCUCCAUAUCAACUGAGUUAAGAAAACCAAACAACAAUGUCCACCAGCGAGCGAUUCGACUGCCAUUACUGCAAAGACUCCCUGCUAGGGAAGAAGUACAUAAUGAAAGAGGACAAGCAGUACUGCACUAAGUGCUAUGAGAACCUGUUCGCUAACAGCUGUGAGGGCUGCUCUUUAGCAAUUGGCUGCAACUGCAAGGACAUGUCUUACAAGGAUCGCCACUGGCACGAGGAGUGUUUCCAGUGUGCAAAGUGCAGCCGCUCUUUGGUGGAAAAGGCCUUUGCCGCCAAGGAUGAUUUGUUACUUUGCACUGAAUGCUACGCCCACGGUUAUUCCUCCAAGUGCACCACCUGUAAGAAAACCGUCAUGCCAGGAUCCCGCAAAAUGGAAUACAAGGGGAACAGCUGGCAUGAGACCUGCUUCCUGUGCCACCGCUGCCAGCAGCCAAUAGGAACCAAGUCCUUCAUCCCAAAAGACGCCGGCUACUUCUGUGUGCCCUGCUUCGAGAAGCAGUUUGCCUACCAGUGCUGUGCUUGUAAGAAGGCCAUCACAACAGGUGGAGUGACCUACCAAGACAAGCCCUGGCACCGUGAGUGCUUCCUAUGCAUCAGCUGCAGAAAGCAGCUUUCGGGUCAGCGCUUCACCUCAAAGGAAAACUACCCCUACUGCCUCGAAUGCUUCAGCAGCCUGUAUGCAAAGAAGUGUGUUGGCUGCACUAAGCCCAUCACCAGUCUGGCAGGGGCCAAGUACAUCUCCUUUGAGGAACGCCAGUGGCACAGCGAGUGUUUCACCUGCAUUCAGUGCUCCGUGUCGCUGGUUGGACGCGGCUUCCUCACCCAGCGCGACAACGUCAUGUGCACCGACUGCGGCAGAGAGAAGUGACCUUUCCAUGAAGGAGUCAAAGGUUUAUCCUGUUCUGAUACAGAUGUUGUGUAUCAAUGAACAUGCCUGGCACAUAGACAAACUCUGAAUGUCAAAUGCUUAUUUUGUUGUUGUAAAUGACAAAUAGCUCUUUCACAAUGCCCAAACACAAGAAACUGUGAUGUUUCCAUAAAGAUAAGCAUGAAUCUUUAAAGUUAGGAUGCCUUUGUUCCUCACAAACUUUCAUUUUUGACAAGGAUAAAAUUAUGCUGCAAUUUAUUAUUAUUGCUAUUAUUAAUAUUUUUAUUUUAUUACUGUAAUAUUAUCAAUUAAUGGAUUAACGUCUGAGUUAGGAUUUGAUACUGUCUUUUCUCUUAUAUAACAGUAAACUGAAUAUUUUUGGAUUCUUGACUGUUAGACAGAUAACAAAAAAAACAUUUUGAAGAACUUAUUUUUCACUGUUUUCUGACAUUAUGGACAAAAUGAUGACUGGAUUAGUCAAUAUAACAAUAAUAACUGUUAAUGCAUGCAUGAGUUAUGCUUCUCUCAUAUGAAAUACUUGAAGGUUGUUCCAAUAAAGACCUUGCUAUAUCGUGCUGAAA